AUGAGUUACAUGAAUCGAGGACUCUGGACAGGUCUUGCUCGACCAAGCACAUCAUCUUCAAGGGCUCAGCCAAUGCCAUUAAUCACAAAAGGACUCGGAGGAUCCAGUUCUUCAAUUGCCCCAAAAUCAGUUAGAAGUCUAUCAAAACCUUCAAGUUCUGGAGUAUUCAAAAAGCAAAGGUAAAAUUUACUCACUCCCCUUUAACAGUGAAUAAAAGCUAUAGAAAAAAUUUUACCUUUUUAAGUUAAAAAAUCCUUUGCUAGUCAAAAAUAUUUUUUUAAUAUUAUUGUUUUAUGCAAAAUAUUUAUAUUUAUAUAUAAUUUUUAUAAUAAAAAAUUAUAUAGAAUUUAUAAAAGCAAACUAAAUCCCCCUUCAUCGGCGAGCAAAACAGUUUUCCUUGUCUACUAAAGGGGAGGCCAGGAAAACCGAAAUCCCUGCAACUGCAUUCAGGAAAUUUUAUCUCAGAGGCGAUCUCCCUGUAGUCGUUAAUUUCCUAGGUGCUCAUAGAAAAAUUGCAUGGAAGGUUGAAUUGGAGCUUCUCGAUUAUCAUCAUUACCUGCCUUUGUUUUUUGAAGGACUAAGAGAAGUCGAAGAACCUUUCAAAUUUAUCGCAGACAAAUCUAUUGAUGAUCUAUUAGACAGAUGCCCACAUAAAGUGUUACCUGUGCUUCCACAGCUGAUUAUACCUAUUAAAACUGCGUUAAAUACAAAACACUCUGAGGUUAUCGUUGUUACUUUGAAAAAGCUUCAGAAGCUGGUUAAGUGCGGAAAUGCUGUGGCUGAAGCAUUGGUGCCUUACUACCGACAAAUUUUGCCAAUUUUUAAUAUGUUUAAAAACAAAAGAUUAAAUAUAGGGGAUGAAAUUGACUAUGGGCAAUAUAAAGGAUGCAAUAUAAGUGACUUAGUUCAAGAAACUCUGGAAUUAUUUGAAACCUAUGGAGGAGAAGAUGCUUAUAUCAACAUCAAAUAUAUGGUCCCUACUUAUGAAUCCUGCAUGUUCUAG